AUGCAAUUUCAACUGACCCUUUUUUUGCACCUUGUGUUGCUCAGUUACUCAAAAGCUCAAGAUGAAUGCAACAGAGGUGCCUGUCAUCCCACAACUGGUAACCUCCUAGUGGGCCGUGGUUCUCAGCUAACAGCUUCUUCCACCUGCGGGCUGAGAGGAACCCAGAAAUACUGCAUCCUCAGCUACCUGGAGAAGGAACAAAAAUGCUUUGUCUGUGACUCCAGAUUUCCAUAUGAUCGGUACACCCAACCCAACAGCCACACCAUUGAAAAUGUCAUUACCAGUUUUGAGCCAGAACGAGAAAAGAAAUGGUGGCAAUCUGAAAACGGUCUUGAUCGUGUCAGCAUAAGACUGGAUCUAGAGGCAUUAUUUCAGUUCAGUCAUCUUAUAAUGACCUUUAAGACUUUUCGGCCUGCUGCAAUGUUAGUUGAACGUUCCACAGACCACGGACACACCUGGAAAGUUCUAAGAUAUUUUGCAAGAGACUGUGCUACUUCCUUUCCCAACAGCACAUCUGGCCAAGCCCAGGAAGUGGGAGAUCUUGUUUGUGACUCCAAAUAUUCAGACAUCGAACCGUCAACUGGUGGUGAGGUUGUUUUAAAGGUUUUGGAUCCCAGUUUUGAAAUAGAAAACCCUUACAGUCCUUACAUCCAGGACCUUGUGACACUAACAAACCUGAGGAUAAACUUUACCAAACUCCAUACCCUUGGGGAUACUUUGCUUGGAAGGAGGCAAAAUGAGUCCCUUGAGAAAUACUACUAUGCUUUGUAUGAGAUGGUUGUUCGGGGAAGCUGUUUUUGCAAUGGCCAUGCCAGUGAAUGUGUCCCAGUGCAGAAGGUGCGGGGAGAUGUUUUCAGCCCUCCUGGAAUGGUUCACGGUCAGUGUGUCUGCCGGCACAAUACGGAUGGCCCGAACUGUGAGAGAUGCAAAGACUUCUUCCACGAUGUUCCUUGGAGGCCAGCUGAAGGCACCCAGGACAGCACUUGCAGGCCGUGUAACUGUAAUGGCCACUCUGAGCUCUGUCACUUCGACAUGACCGCGUACCUGGAGAGCGGGGGCCGCAGUGGGGGCGUGUGUGACGACUGCAGGCACCACACGGAGGGACAGCACUGCGAACGCUGCAGACCUCUUUUCUACAGGGACGCCCUCAAGUCCCUCUCGGAUCCUUAUGCGUGCAUUCCUUGUGAGUGUGACCCUGAUGGAACCUUAUCUGGUGGCAUUUGUGUGAGCCACUCAGAUCCUGCUUUGGGGUCUGUGGCUGGCCAGUGCCUAUGUAAGGAGAACGUGGAAGGAGCCAAGUGUGACCAGUGCAAGCCCAACCACUAUGGACUGAGUGCCAAUGAUCCCCUCGGCUGCCAACCCUGCAACUGUAACCCCCUUGGGAGUCUGCCAUUCUCAGCCUGUGAUGUGGACACAGGCCAAUGCUUGUGUGGGCCAUUUGCCACCGGGCCGCACUGUGAAGAAUGCACUGUAGGAUACUGGGGACUGAGACGUCAUCUCCAGGGGUGUUCUCCAUGUGAUUGUGACAUUGGAGGCGCUUAUUCUAACGUAUGCUCCCCUGAGGAUGGGCAGUGUGAAUGUCGCCCCCACAUCUCUGGCCGCAGCUGCACAGAACCAGCUCCUGGCUACUUCUUUGUGCCUUUGAAUUUCUACCUCUAUGAGGCGGAGGAUGCCAUACCAUUGCAGGGACUCGCGCCUUUGGGCUCAAUGACUUUUGGCCAGGUGCCUGCUGUUCACUUUGUUCUCCGUGAGCCGGUUCCCGGGAAGCCUGGUACUUGGACUGGGCCUGGAUUUGCCAGCGUUCUCUCUGGGGCUGGUUUAAGAUUCGCUGUCAGCAACAUUCCCUUCCCCAUGGACUUCACAAUCGCCAUUCGCUAUGAAACUCAGUCCACAGCUGACUGGGCUGCCCAGGUUGUGGUUACCCCCCCUGGAGGACGGGAGCACUGCACACACAAGACCCCACAGCUCAAGCCUCCGUCUUUUGCUUUACCAGCAGCUGCAAGAAUCGUGCUGCUUCCCACACCCAUCUGUUUAGAACCAGAUGUACAAUAUUCCAUAGAUGUCUAUUUUUCUCAGCCGUUGAAAGGAGAGUCCCACGCUCAUUCACACAUCCUGGUUGACUCUCUUGGUCUUAUUCCUCAAAUCAAUUCUUUGGAGAAUUUCUGCAGCAAGCAGGACUUAGAUGAGUACCAGCUGUAUAACUGUGCUGAAAUUGCCUCUGAAAUGGGACCUCGAGUGCUCCCUGAUGUAUGUGAGAGACUUAUAGUCAGCAUGUCUGCCAAGUUACACAAUGGGGCCGUGGCUUGCAAGUGUCAUCCUCAGGGUUCCAUGGGGGCCAGCUGCAGCCCACUGGGAGGCCAGUGCCAAUGUAGACCUGCUGUGGAGGGGCGCUGCUGUGACAGGUGCUCUGCAGGAAGUUACGGCCUGGACCAUCAUGGAUGUCACUCAUGUGACUGCCACCCUCAAGGCUCAAAGAACUCUCUAUGUGACCAAAUCACUGGACAAUGCUCCUGCCACAGAGCGAUGGCAGGCCCCCGCUGUGACCAAUGCAUGGCUGGCUAUUUUGGAUUUCCCAACUGCCGUCCUUGCCCUUGUAAUGGAUUUGCUGAGCUUUGUGACCCACAGACAGGGUCAUGCUUCAAUUGCAGAGACUUUACAACUGGACAAAACUGUGAAAGGUGCAUCGAUGGUUACCAUGGAAACCCUUCUUCAGGACAACCCUGUCAUCCUUGCCUGUGUCCAGAUGCUCCCUCAAGCAAUCAGUAUUUUGCGCAGUCCUGUUAUCAGAAUCCUUGGAGCCCAGAUGUAAUCUGUAACUGUCUUCCUGGUUAUACAGGUCUUCAGUGUGGAGAAUGCUCUGCAGGCUUCUAUGGAAAUCCGAGAAUUUCAGGAGCAGCUUGCCGGCCAUGUGCCUGCAAUAACAACAUCGAUGUAACCGACCCAGAGGCCUGCAAUCGGGCCACAGGGGAGUGCCUGAGAUGUCUGCACAACACUCAAGGCCCCAGCUGCGAACUCUGCAAACCAGGUCACUUCGGAUCAGCCCUCAAUCAGACCUGCAAGAGCUGCUCCUGCAACCCUUCUGGUGUGAAUCCCACUGAAUGUCCCUCUGGUCAGGGGCCCUGUGUCUGUGACCCCACCACUGGCUCAUGCUCAUGUCUACCGAAUGUUGCUGGUCGGGCCUGUGACCGCUGCGCUGAUGGAUAUUGGAAUCUGGUCCCUGGCAGAGGAUGUCAGUUAUGCAACUGUGACCCCCAUACUUCUCAAAGUAGCCACUGUGACCAGUUUACAGGCCAGUGUCCGUGUAAAUUAGGCUAUGGUGGGAAACAGUGUAAUGAGUGCAAAGAAAAUCAUUAUGGCAGCCCACCAGGACCAUGCAUCCCAUGUGACUGCAACAGGGAAGGUACCCAGAUGCCCUCCUGUGACCGGGACACGGGGAUGUGCCGCUGCCGGCAGGGCAUUGGUGGCCAACGAUGUGAUCGCUGUGUCCGGGGUCAUGGCCAGGAAUUCCCUGCUUGUCUUCGCUGUCAUUUGUGCUUUGAUCAAUGGGACCACACCAUCUCUUCCCUCUCCAAAUCUGUGCAAGGGUUAAUGAGGCUGACUGUUAACAUAGAAGAUAAAAGAGGGAUCCUGCCAAUGUGUGAGGACAACAUCAAAGGUCUCAGAGAGAACACGUCGGAAAUACAAAGGAUUUUGAAACAUUCUGUUUUCUCAUCUGGGGAAUUCUUAAGAGUCAAGGAUUAUCAGGACUCUGUUUGGAAACAACUCAUACAGCUAAAUGAGCAACUGAAAGCAAUGCAUGAAAUUCAAGAUGUGAACAAGACAAUAGUAAGGCUGGAGAAUGAAGCGGACCUCUUACUUGAAGAGCUUCAGGAGAAAACAAAUUUACACUCCACAGUCCAUAAUGCAAGUAUUAUUGAUUCCUCAAAGAACAUCAAGAAGUAUUAUCAGAUGUCAUCAUCUGCUGAAAAGGAAACGAAUGAUACUUCAUCUGUCAUAAAUAAUUCUGAAAGCAUCAGAAAUGACUUACUUGCCAUCUUAGAGACAGUAACCUCAACAGGAAACAGGUCUUUGGAAAAAUUAAAGCAAAUUAAGAUACCAGAUAUCCAAACAUUGAAUGAAAAGGUGUGUGGAGAGCCGGGGCACCUUCCCUGUGAGCUAGCUCCCUGUGGUGGUGCUCUCUGCAAGGACUCUGAAGGGCACAGACAAUGUGGUGGCCCCAGCUGCCUUGGCUCCCUGACCCUCUCUUGGAAUGCCCUCCAGAAAGCCCAGGAAACAGAAACCGAGAUUCAUAAUUUGGACAGCCAGCUUCAAGGGUUGAAGGACCAGAUCAAAAAUUUAAGUAAACUGGCAGAAAUUUCCACAGCCGUUGCCUUACAGGUCACCGAAAAACUGGAGAAUAUAAAAAAUCAAAGUGAAUCUGAGAAAGACAAAAUCACUCUUUUAAUCAAAAAAGUGAAAAGCUUUUUAUUAGAGGAAAACGUGCCACCAGAGGACAUUGAGAAAGUUGUGAAGCGUGUACUUGAUAUCCACCUAUUAAUAACAUCACACAAUCUAACCCAGGAGCUUGUGCGACUCUGUGAGGACUACAGCAAAGACGAAAACAAGCUAAAUAAAACAGCAGGUAGAACUCAGAAGCUUUCAGUAAAGGCAAAAGCAGCUGAGAAUGCAGCAAAUACACUAUUAAAUCUUGACAAAAUGUUGAAUACGUUGCAACAAGUUCAAAUCAUUCAAGGACGGGCAAAUUCUACCAUCACCCAGCUGACCACUGAGAUAACACAAAUGGAAAAGAACGUACUGCAGGUUGAAAAUAGAGCCACAAAGGCUAAGAAUGAGCUGGACUUGGCACAGCAGCAGUCGGAGCUGAAAGAUGGACUUGACCUUCUGAGGAGCAAGUCACAAAGGAAUCAAGACCAAGCUGCCAGUGCGAAAGCUCAGGCUGAAUCCGCUCAACGCCAGGCGGGGGACAUGAAGAAGGUGUUUCUUGAGCUAAAAAACCAAUAUGCUAAUCUUCAACAUAAGACGAGCUCUAUAGGACUGACAAAGGAAACACUGGGGAAACUGAAACAGCUCAAAGAUGCUGCAGAAAAAUUGGCAGGAGAUACAGAGGACAAGAUGAGACGAAUAACAGAUUUAGAAAAGAAGAUUCAAGACUUGAAUCUAAGCAAACAAGAAAAAGCUGAUCAACUGAAACAUUUGGAAGAUCAAGUAAUUGCCAUUAAAAAUGAAAUUAUUGAGCGAGAAAAUAAAUAUGCUACCUGCUAUAGUUAG